AUGAAGGGCCCCUCCAUAGCUGCGAGCAUCCCCCGAUUGAAGCUCUCCUCCGGCCAUUACAUCCCUCAAGUCGGCUUCGGCCUGUGGAAGGUCCCAGCGGCCCAGACCGCCGACGCCGUCUACGGAGCCAUCAAGGCCGGUUAUCGCCACAUCGACGGCGCCUACGGCUACGCCAACUCGGCCGAGGCAGGCCAGGGGGUCCGCCGCGCGAUAGCCCACGGGCUCGUAAGCCGAGACGACCUCUUCAUCACGUCGAAGCUGUGGAACAACCACCACGCGCCAGCGCACGCGACGCGCAUGGCAAACGAGGAGCUCGGCGCCUGGGGCCUCGACCACCUCGACCUCUACCUCAUCCACUUCCCCAUCGCGACGCAGUGGGUCGACCCCUCCGUCUCGCGCUUCCCCUCGUGGCACGCCGACGCCGCCAAGACGCGGCUGCACCCGCGCGCCCGCGUGCCCCUCGCCGACACGUGGCGCGCCCUCGAGGCCCUCGUCGACGCGCCGGGCGUCCGCGCCGGCCCCGUGCGCUCGAUCGGCGUGUCCAACUUUGACGCCCAGCUGCUCUACGACCUGCUGACCUACGCGCGCGUCCCGCCCGCCGUGCUGCAGGUCGAGCACCACCCCUACCUCGCGCAGCCGCAGCUCGUGGCCGUGGCGCGCGAGAGCGGCGUCGCCGUCACGGCCUACUCGACGUUCGGCCCGCAGUCGUUCCUCGAGCUCGGCAACCCGCGCGCCGCCGCCGUGCCGCCGCUCAUGGAGGUGCCCCUCGUCAAGGCCAUCGCUGCGAGGCAUGGCCGGACGCCGGGCCAGGUGCUGCUGCGGUGGUGCACGCAGCGCGGCAUCGUCGUCAUCCCCAAGUCGAUGCGGGCCGAGAGGGUGCGGGAGAACCUCGACUGCUGCGGGUUUGACCUCGAGGCCGGGGAGCUGGACGCCAUUUCGGGACUGGAUCGGGGUUUGAGGUUUAAUGAUCCGGGCGUGACGCAUGGCGAGUCUGUCAGGAUAUUCGCUUGA